CCUGAUCCGAAAUAAACCGGGUCAAUCCAGGCCCUCUUUAAAAACUAACUGUUUGUCGCUCAGUCAGAUUGCGGCCCCAGGUCUUCUUCUCAUCAUCGUCGCAAGAACCCUAGAGAGCAGCUGCUGCCGCCAUGGUUCUCAAGACUGAGCUAUGCCGCUUCAGUGGGGCAAAGAUAUACCCUGGUACGGGUAUCAGAUUUAUUCGCUCAGACUCACAGGUCUUCCUCUUUGCCAAUUCUAAAUGCAAGAGGUACUUUCAUAACAGACUGAAGCCAUCUAAGCUAACCUGGACAGCCAUGUACAGAAAGCAGCAUAAGAAGGAUAUUUCUGCGGAAGCUGUUAAGAAGAGACGUCGCACCACGAAAAAACCCUAUUCCAGGUCCAUUGUUGGUGCUACCUUGGAGGUGAUACAGAAGAAAAGAACCGAGAAGCCUGAAGUUCGAGGUGCUGCACGAGAGGCUGCCCUUCGUGAAAUCAAGGAAAGGAUAAAGAAAACCAAAGAUGAGAAGAAGGCGAAGAAGGCUGAGGUGUUGUCUAAGUCCCAGAAGAGCAAGGGAAACUUGCCUAAGGGUGCUGCACCAAAGGGCCCUAAACUUGGGGGUGGUGGUGGAAAGCGCUGAACAUCUUAUUUCUUGCGUAAUAACAUUAUAGGUUUGACUUGAAAAGAUUUUGCUUGGAUGAAUUUUACUUGUCGGUUGGUUCCCAUGGAUUCUGUACUUUCAAAAUUCAGUAAAUUUUGUUCUCUGCGGAUGUAUCUCCAUCAUUUGAACUCGCAGUUUACAAUUGUGAAAAUACUGGUUCUUCUGAAAUGGGGUUGUUAAAUAAUGGUACUGCCAGGUAUCGAACCA